AUGCAGACGUACUAUACUGCCCCGCUCCGCUACUAUCCUCGCCCUCGCUUCUGUCUCCUCCGUCCGGGAGGUGUGAUGGCGCCUCUCAUACCGAUGGACGAGCUGCCCUCCUGGCUUCAGGUCGGCCUGAGUCCGGACAUGUGCAUGGGUCUACAGCCGGCGUCUUUGACUUUCAUCCCGCGAGAGGGUGAAUACGAGGUGGUCUGUUCCCACUGUUCCAGCAGCGUCGACUCCAUGCACCAGAGUUUCUCGGAACGCGUCUCAGAUGUCCAGUCGCCGCCCUCGGCCCAGUCGCCUCCUUCUGCUGUGGAUAGUAACAAAUCUUGUCCUGCCGCCUUCUGGGGCUCGCCAGGGUACCCUCCGAUGGAAGUCCUGAAGAAUGCCGGAGCGCUGCCUGUGCUUGGACAGCCGCCUUUUCAAGCUACGCUCCAAAAGCCCAUGAUUGGCAUGUGUUUUGUUCCCUUACAAGAUCCUCGGUGGUCUCUCCAGGGUGGUGGUUUUCCACCCGGUGAUUUCCAACCCGGCGCCUUCCAUCCUGAUGCCGCUCAGUCCAGUGGGCAGGUCAGUGGAAUUCAGUCCGCAGACCUCGCCUCUGGUGGCCUUGCUUCUGGGAUUAUUUCAGCCCCGGCCGUGUAUGCGGAGGCGGGAAGUGUCGUCUCAUCCAAUUUGUCACACGAGGUAGUGCAGUUGGGUGUGGUUCCUCAACUGCCUGGUCUUGAUCCGGGCAGCACGACAGCAGCAGUUCCCAGCCUACCUAUCUCCACCAUGGCAUCUUCAGCGAUCGCCAACAGGGUUCCCACACCUGGCCCAAAUGGUAGCCGAUCUGUCACAACACAUAAUGGAUCACUCAAGUCCCCGAACGAAAGCAUCGCGUCCACGAGGUCGCUCACAGCAGCCGUCGAGCGACUCAAAGAAGUGAUUGGAGCCAAGAAGAUUUCUCGCAACGCCAGCUUGUGUCAUGCUACCAAGAGCGGAACAUGUCAACUGUCUGUUCAUUCCAACCUGAAAGAAUCCGGUACCUCAGUGGCUGGAGCAGAUGGAACAGGUGUACAUCGCUCUACUCGUGUACGCCGGCGCGGUCGCCGCCGUCGCCGUGACAAAGACAAGCCAAAGCCUGCCAUGGCUCCAGUUGAAGACAAGGAUCAAAUGGAACAGCCGAAUUCGGCUACCAAGCGGCGAGACCGACGCGAGCGGUUGCGGCAAAAGAAUGCAAACUACAGCAGUCGGUACUGGCACAUGAUGAUGAUUCCCAACUGGCGUUCUGCUGUUCCUCAGAGUUGA